AUGCAUAAUUUGCAUAAAAUGUGCGUAAAAUAUGCAGAAAAUAUGCACUUUUAUUACAAAUUGCUUUUUGUUGUCCCGAAUCAGAUUGAAGUGAAAUGGGAAAAGUUUGGACUUGAAAUUUUCCCAGUUUGCGAGAUAUUACACGACCAUCACUUUAUUUCACGAUUUUCUAAGUUCGUUGUUUCCGAGUUGGGUUUAUUCUCUUGGGAAUCGCAAUGUUUUGAAGUGUCUACGCUUAUGUCAUAUCAAGUAACAUGA